GUCAGUAGUAUUUUGAAUGACUGAAUGCGAGCUUGCAAACUGAGCGAACAACAAACAGCGAAUAAUUAAAACUAUGCAUUCCGAAUUUGCGUCUAUUUAGUUUGUAGUUUGUUUGUUUAUUUUUUUUUUUGUAAAAAUUGAAAUCUAUUUUUUCCGUUGGAUUAUUCGUUAAAUUAUUUGUGCCUAAAAUUUAUUUUGUGUAUAGUUUCGGUAUCGAUUGGAAUAAUCUAGUGAAGUGUUUUUUUUUGGUGAAAGUGAAACAGAGGCAAAUUAUCCAGUUGAAUGGUUCAAAAACCUUACGACAACAGCAACGACGGAGAAAAGCCCAAAAAAAACGUUAGUAUUUGUGUGUAAUGAAAUUAGGCCUAUUUCACUUCAAGAGUGAGAGAAAGAGCGCGCGUCUGUGUUAGUGUGAUUGAGUGUAUGCGAUGUGAACGCACUCAGUUUUCGACCAUGUUUUUUUUACUCUCCUCUUCUUCUCGUUGUCGUUGGGAUCUAUUUUUGUUUUGACUUUGCGUCGUCUGCUUUGAAACAAUCACAAGACCGAGAAGUGAAAAAACAGACACAAGCACUCGACCGCUUACCACAUUGCCCGUGUGUUUGUAUUAUUCAUCGCGUGUAUUUCGCCAUUCGAAUCGAAUCGAAUCGCAUGCAAACAUACACAAACAAACCCAUUAAGCGCAUAAAUAUUUAUAUUUGCAUUUAUCUCAGUCGUUUCUCUACAUACGGAAGGCAGAAAGAAGCGCGCGCGCCUUCGUAGUUGUGCAAAGAGUGUGAGUGAUGUUUUAAAUACAUGCGAUUUCCUAAAUUGUCAUGCUGCCUUGUGAGAUAGAAGACAAGAAAAUAAAAGCAAGAGAAAUAAACCAGUCAUAAAUUGUUGAAUCAAUGCACGAAAUCCAUAUGAUAUCCGCAACAAUCAUUGAGCUAAAGGCUAAAUUGGAACUAAACCGAAUUUUCGAUUGCAAUAGCAACAAGUCUAUGUGUCACUAAUGAUCCAGCCGAUGUAUCAUCAUCCACAACCAGUCAUUGGUCCAAAGACGGUUGUUUUGUAUCGCAAUACCAAACAUGGCUUUGGAUUCACAUUACGUCAUUUCAUUGUUUAUCCGCCUGAAUCACCAGCAGAACGCAAUGUAGCUGGUAUUUUAAAUAUAACACAGCCGAUGGACACAGUGUUUGUGAAAGAAGUGCGUUUGAAUGGGCCAGCUCAUAAUGGCGGUUUGAGACCUGGCGAUCGUUUGCUUUCGGUUAACGGAAUGCCGGUCGCUGGUACACCCUACGCAAACGUCGUUCGAGCAAUUCAACAAACUCCACACAUUCUGCAAUUGAUUGUCGUGCCAAAAGACUGUGAUAUAUUGCAAACGCUUUUUAGCGAAUCAGCACACAGUCCCGAAUCGAAUCAGAGGCCUUGUAUUUAUGCAAAUCCACAAGAUAUUUCAUUCAAUGGGAUUCAAUCGAAUGCGAAUCACGUUCCAGUUUCGUCUCCCAAUUUGGACAGUGCUUGCAAUAAUGUCGCCGCCUUGAAUUUGCUGCGAAUCAAUCCGAAUGCGAAACACUUGAACGAAAUGGCCCAUCGACAUUCAUUCAAUGAAAGUAUCUACUCUGAACCGUACGGCGGAGGAGGACGAUAUGUGGCUGGCAGCAGUAAUCGGCUCGAUUCAAAUCAUCCGAAUCCAUUAAGUGAAAGUGCAAGUGCUUCAAAUAUUUACAGUGGCAAAGUGGUAACGGCAACACGAAGCCAUCCCCAAUACUUUUUCCCGCAAAAUAGUUUAUCUCAUAGAGAUGUUUAUGCAACGACCUCGUCGGUUGCAUCGAACGGUCUAUCCACCGCCGAUGUUAGUUCAACGCGUUCAAGCGUUUAUAGUGAUAGAACAAUCUUAAACGAACAAACACCACCGAGCACACCGCGUCUGUCGCACGGUGACAACGAACGAACAAUAAUCAAAGCAACCAAUCCAAAUAAUUCAACGGCAUCAAAUGCGUCUGGAUCUCAAGCAAAUUUGCAAUCAAAACCAAUUUUUACAAAUACUGAACAAGUGCAAACACUGCAAUCAAACUCGAGUACAUUAGAUAAAACCUCAUUAGUUGCUGAGAGCAAUUGUGCUGAACAAAAGUCUGAAGAAGGCAACGAAACUACAGCGCCUGUGAUGCGUCGCCAAAAAACGGCCAAUAGUAAUAAUUCCGAGCGAUCAGUCCGUCGGAUUUCAUAUUUGCGCGCUACCGCCAAUGAUAUUUCCCUACAAGAAUCAGAAAAAGUCGGGGAGAGCAUUAACGAAUUCAAGGAAGAAAAAGCUCCAUUGAGCGAUGAACUACAGAUGUUAUCACAAUUUUUCAAACGAAAUUCUACGGUGGAAAAGCUAGCUGAGCCUGAGAUGGAAGGAAAAUUAAACGUGAAAAUAGCAUAUGUUGAAAAUGAGAAGGCGCAAGUCCGUCAGUGGCAUCGAAUAUCAUUUAAACUUCACGGAGAUAAACUCCAAAUCACUAUACUUCAAAAUGAAUCGGAAGAGCCAACUGAUGUAACAGGUACAAUAAACUUGCGACAAUUCCAUGUGACAAAGAGUAGUUCCACAAAGAGAAAAUAUGUGUUCAAACUCACGACCAUAGCACCAGACGCGAAACCAUCAUCACCAUCGCCUGUUGCGAUCCAAAAGCAAAAGACAGAAUUCUUACUUCAAGCUGACGACCAAGCCAGCUUCGAAUUAUGGAAAAGUAAAUUAGAAAAGGUGACGAGACAACUAGAAGAUAAUACCGAGCAAAAGUUACAACUUCCACCGAAGGAGAAAAUCAAUGGCAGCACCUCGACGCUGGAAAAAGAAAUGUCUUCAAAGGCUCGGACGUGGAAAGGUUUAGUAGCACGUCAAUUCCGCCGAAUUCACGGUCAACAGAUGAGUGCCCCGAACUCGGCCAACAAUUCCAUCGACGUACCAAAUGUUGCUUCCAUCGGGGUUCCUUUGUCGGUUUGUCCGAUUUCCGAAAAGAACAAAUACGUGCCUUUUAUUUUGGCACGAUGCACCGAAAUCGUUGAAACACGUGGCUUAGCCAUCGUCGGAAUCUAUCGGAUUCCGGGCAAUACAGCGGCGAUAUCAGCACUUACUGAGCUCGUGAACAAAGGAUUCGAUGAUCAAACACUGAACGAUCCACGAUGGGAAGAUGUAAAUGUUGUGUCUAGCUUACUGAAACUAUUUUUGCGUCGCUUGCCAGAAGCCCUGAUUUCGAACGAUAUGUACAAGCAUUUCAUUGAAGCUGAUAAUCAAACUGGACAAAGAAGAUUAACAGCGCUGAAAGAACUGGUCGACAAUAUUUCGAUUCAGUUUUAUGAAUCGCUAAAGCAUCUAAUGCAUCACUUAUUUUUAGUGAGCCAAAAUUGCCAAAUCAAUCUGAUGGAACCGAAAAAUUUGGCCAUCAUUUUUGGGCCGUCGGUUGUGCGCAGUUGCAACGAAACUCUAGAAAUAGUGGUGAAAGAUAUGAAACAUCAAUGUCGCAUUGUUGAGGCGCUUGUUUCACAUUACGAAUACUUUUUCGAGAAUGGUGAAGUGCCCAAGGUGUGCGAACAACCAGAAGCAAUAACUGCCCCGAAAUCCCAGACGAACCUACUGCUAGAUAAUGUCUCCAAAAUUGAAUCAUACACUGAUCAAAUGGAGAAAACACGUUUUGUAUUCAAAUUUGUGCAAGCAGCUCGAAGUCGAAAGUCAAAGAAGAAGCAAACAUCGUUAUUAUCCUCAAUGACCUCUGACACAAUGUCAAUGGAUAGCAGUAGCACGUCAACGGAAUACCGAGAUUCAUCGAUAACGAAAGUAGAGAAUUUAACCGAUGUUGAUGGCCUACAAAGCAGUUUAUCUGCUGACGAUUCAGCCGAUUUAUUCUGCGAAGAUAGUGGGUCAAUGUCAUUGGCAACGUUAAUUCCAGCAUUGGAAGACAAAUUUUAUGCGUUGCACAAUGGAUCCUUUGAUUCCGAAUCGGGGCAAUGUUUGGAUAACGGUGAUACAACCGAUUCAACGUCACCGCUAACACCGUCGAUGCUACGAAGUCACCAAAUCAUCUCAUUGCAACCGUUGACAAUUGGAGACGAAACAAUUCCAUACGCAGACGAUUCACCGGAUCAGCCCACAAUACCAGCGAUAAAUGACAAACCGAUUGAAACUCAAACACAUAGUUAUCCUUAUGUAACGGUACGUAAUAAGCCAUGGAAUCCAGCCCAUUCAAAUCGAAUAAUUAGCACCAAAGCGUAUCGGAAUCAAGACGCCGUCGAUGCAAAAUCAAUCAAUUCUAUUUCGUCAGAUGACAACGACACAGACGAAUCCAAUACCAGCGAUCACGAAGGCAACCGAACCAUUCGAAUAAACAGCGAAGUGAUUCGAGAAAUGAAUCGCAUUCUCACAACGUUGGAACGCAAAGCAACCAAACUGAAUCGGUCACUUUCACUGAAUAUUAAGUAUCAUCACAAUGAGUGCUGCUGCAACAGCGGCCACAUUUUAUCGAAUAGUAACCACAGUAGUUGCCGAUCGAUCGCAAUGAAUCGGUAUUCGCUGACAAAAGACGAGAAGACUGAUAAAAAUAUCAAUUUAGCGAAGAAGCGCCAAAUUCAAGACAAUAAUCACAAACAACGGCGUUACACGAAUCGACCGAUCAAGCGACGACACACCGUCGGUGGCAUUCACUACGGUUAUAAUAGCAAAGCGCAUCCUGUCGAAGCAACGCCAGCACGAUAACACCAAUACAUAUGCCAAUUCAAACGAAAUCCGUAAUUUUGUAAAACGAAAAAUGAAGUGAAGUACUCGGCGAAUGUUAAAAACGAAAAAAAAACAAACAAAACAAAACUCAUUGAAAAUUAUUCGCUUUUUUUUGUUCACGUUUAUAUAUUUCACAUGGCUUGGUACUUUUUUUUAUAAAUAUUUAUUCGUAAUAUUUAAUUUUUUUAUACGAAUUUGUUUUGUCAAAGGAAGAAAAAUCAAAAAAUAGAUGAAUAAAAAAAAUCAAAAUAUUUUUGCACGUCAAA